GCUUAGCGUCCACCAUCUUGAUUGUUGUUUUGGAAAGGCGCGGUGACUUAGCAAGAUUUCGACUUUCUUUGCUUUCUGAGUUUUUGAAGAAAUUGAUGGUCAAAGUGAGAACAAAGAAGGUUUCAGCUAUGUCAAGUGAAGAAGAAGCUACUGCUGCUAAUGUUUUGUCGCAGAUGUCUCAGAUUCAGCAGAUAAGCUGUGAAACUAUUGAAGCAACAGUUAUUAAUGUUGGGCAUCACUGUGAUGUUGAGACCACUGCUACUCAAGUGAUGGAGAUCGUACAAUCUGACGUUCAAGAUGAAGAUGCCAGUGAAGUACUCCGACAAGUGCAUUCAGCUGUGCAGACAAUGCAGCGCCCUGCUGUUGUAGAUACCAGUGAACAAGUGCAUGCUCAGCUGGAGACUGGUGAUGUUGCCAUUAUGCCCGGGCCAGGUGAUUCCACACCAGCUGUUUCAACAAGGAUUGUCUCAAAUGGAGGAAGAGUUUAUCCUUGUGAAUACUGUGGCAAGGAGUUCAACAAGUCCUAUAAUCUUAAGACGCACAUUCGUGUUCACACUGGUGAAAGACCUUAUCAAUGCGAGGAGUGCGGCCAUGGAUUUGCCAACUUAGGAGAUCUCAAACGCCAUGCAAGGACACACACGGGGGAGAAACCGUUCAAGUGUGGUUACUGCGGGAAAGUUUUCUCGGAUUUUGGAAGCCACAAGCGUCAUCUUCGACUACACACUGGUUUUAAACCCUUUACUUGUGAGCACUGUCAGAGAGAAUUCACUCGCUUGGACAGCUACAAGAACCACAAACGUUUGCACACAGGCGACCGUCCUUACAAAUGCGACACUUGCGGGAAAGAAUUCAAUUACCUGACAACGUACAAACGACACUUGAACAUACACAAGGGAGAGAAACCUUUUGCCUGCGAGCAUUGCGACAAGAAGUUUACACGCCUCAAUUACUUGAAAAACCACCUCAACACUCACGCUAAACACUCCAGUCAGGAAAGCCAAACCGACUUCAAGUACGAAGACAGUUCCUCUCGGCAAAAUAUGGACGUGGAUAGUCAGGAAGACCUGGGUGCUAUGGAGGCGGAAUCCGCUGCUCAAAGCAUACAGAAUGAAGGCAAAAGUAUCGUGGAUAACGAGGCUCGUAAUGCUGAGUCUGAGGGAGAGCUGCAAACAGAACCAAUUAAGGAGGAAGAGAGCGAAGUCCCGGAUGCAACUAAAGCAUCAGAACCUAAGGUCCCGGAUACGUCUCUCCUACAGCAAGUUACCCAGGUCCUCGGCGAGAUCGUGCCUCACAAUCUGAGCGCGGAGCUGACCGAGGGAGCCGGGGGACCACAGAUUGUUGUCCAGGGUGCGGACCAGACUGGAAGUGAGUUCAAGAUCACUCUGGCGCAGCAGUUGCUUUUAGCGCAGCAUCUACUGAAUCAGGUGCAAACACAGCGACUUGGAAGGAACGAAGGUGGCGCUGGGGACGGUGAUCAGGAAACAGAACAGCCUCAGAUUACAACAGUCACCAUCCCAGAGAUAACCGCUGAACUUGCAGAACAGAUUGUGAACCAAGCGGCGGCGGCGCAGCAAGCAGCGGACUUGAUUCAGACGCCCGCCGGGUUGUUACAUGUCCCCGAUGCUAGCACUUCUCAGGGAACUUCGCAAACAGGGAUGGUGGUGGGAACGGAAAUGAUGAUUCACGAGCAAACUGACGGACAACAUUCCGAGGUUGUCACGGAGCAUGUGCUACAGGAGAGUACCGCUGUGCCAGUGACGUCAGAAGAUGGCGUGCAAUUGGUGGACAAUGACGCGGUGUAUGUCGCAAUCGAUCCAAAUCAACCGGAUGUUCAACAGUUGCUUGGACAGAUUCAAGCCAUAACGGCCUCACAAGUCCAGCAGGCUGAAGGAAACGAACAGCAAAGUGUACAAGAAAGCUGAUGAUUGGUUUGAAUCAUCCACAAGAGGAGGAGUGGUGCUAGUCAAGUUAUGCUAGUGUCCAGUUUAAACGCGGUCCCACGAACGGAACGGGAAAAGGAAACAAGAAAUUUUACAAUAUUUCAUUCAUUUGACUUAUUGUCUUGACAUGGCUUGCUUUGAGCCAAAUUGGUGGACGCGAGAGAGUUUAAACGUGAUUGUAUUGUAAAAAUAAUUUAUUACACAGUUAAGCGUCUCUGAGUUGUACUUCAGUUAAGUCAAGAGAAGGUAAAUUCUUCUAAGUAAGCAAACUCAGAUUAGUUUUAAAUUCAGUCCGGCAACAAGUAUCACGUGACAUCACCGUGAAUUUAUUGAGCCCGCGAAUCUCGUCAGAAAAGUUGCCUAGCAACAUGAUGUCAGUUCAUUCCGCUAUACUACGUUUUCGGAGCAUCGGUGAGAGGUCGUUCUAGUUUUUGAUUGGUUGAUACGAAUCGGAAACUCGCGAGUGUUUUAACGAAGAUUUGCGGGAAAUGGUACUUGUUUCCUCGUCUGAAUCCUCCUGUUCAAUUUUUCAUCCCUAAAAGUGUUCAACACCUACAAAAUUUCUCCUUAUGAGUGUCAAGAUGAAUUUAAAAAUAAAUCAGUCUGAGAAAUGUUAUUGAACAAGCCAAAACCAAGUACACGAUUAUUUUUUGUCAGUUUUCAACUGACUACAAAUCAAUGAGCUUCCGUAAUUUCUUUGUUUUGAGAGCGACACCUUUGAGCCAAAGUUAUGAUUCAACUCUUUUAUUUUCGGUUACUUAGGUAACUCCUUCUGAAAUUCAAAUAAAGGUCAAAUGAGUAUUUUCAUCGAA